GAUAAGGCCUCUCUUUUUCCCGAAACCACAACACGUUCAUAAGCGCUGAUUUUAACGUAUCUUGCUCUUGUGUAAAUUGUGUCUUUGCGUGAGAAUAUUGGUCUUUAACCAAGUUACAUAAAUUUAGAGAAAUCUUAGAACAGAUUGCUGCGACGAAAAGAUCAAAAAGAGAUGAGACUCACGUUUAUAUUGCUGUCCAUUUUCGUGUUCUCUGGACUCGUUUCAGGGACGGAAAAUUAUCUGGAUAUGUAUGACAAUGUGGACGUAGAUGCAAUUCUUAAGAGUGAUCGUCUUCUAAAUCAAUAUAUGGAUUGUAUUCUCGAAAAGGGUUCCUGCACCGCCGAUGCACGCAGUCUUAAACGUGAGCUUCCACACGCGGUAGCCACAAUUUGCGAAAAAUGCAAUUUAAAGCAGAGGCAAGCAGCAAGAAAAAUAAGCAAUCAUUUGAAAGAGCAUAGACCAGAGCUCUGGGCGGCGUUCCUUCAAAAAUAUGAUCCUAACAAAGAGUAUAUUGCAGAUUUCGAACAAUUUCUAGCACAAGUAGAAGAAUAAUCUUUACUAUACUUUAUUAUUAUUUUUUUCAAUAUAUGUAUAUUAUAAUAAAUAAUUAUGUUUUCUCAUGAUAUCGAUAAAUCAAUAUCAUGUGUUUACAUAUGUGUACAUUAAA